UAAAAGCCCCUAGCUGAGCCUCUGCGGUAGUCCACUUCAACUGACAUCUCGUCAGAAAUGGAGCUUGUUCAAAACGGGCCAACCCAAUAUCUGCUCGGAUCGAUCUACACCUCUCGCAUGACAUGAUUCUUUCAGAACCGGAGACGAGCCUCCACUCGGAAAGGAAACGUAAACGGACUCUUAAAAAUAUUUACAAUGGAUACUUAUGUCUUGGCCUAUAGAUCUUGAAAUAAGAAACCGCUGACUAAUUCACACUGCGAUCCAGUGUGCCUUUCUGCUCCAAUCGGAAUGGUUCCACUCGGUGCUGCAAAGCUGAAUACGAUUAAAGGAUGUCAUAACCUUUCUCUCAAUUGAAAGCAUAAAGCGAAAUUUAGAAAGAUUCGGGCUGGACGUGUUAACGACCGCGCAUUUCUAGUACUGGUUAUGCUAAUGAGAGUCUCCAACCUGGGCUAAGCCCUCUUGAGCUAUUCUUGGUCGAAAUACUCUGCUUGAUCUGGAACACAAAUAAUUUGAACAAUUUGCAAAAAUGUGUAUCAGUUACAAACGGUCAGUUCCCAAGGUUAGUUGGAUAAUUCGAAACAAACGAUGGGGCCGUGGAUUUUGGCGGUCGUUUUCUUAACAGCAACGGUUGGGAGCGUAACGUUUAAUGAUCGGUGUAUCGAUUUGGACGGAUUUGUUGGACGAUGUGUGAAAUUAUCCAAAUGUGAAACGUUGGCCGAUAUUUGGCGGAGUCCUAUCAGGACAAUUAAGCAAAGUGAACGUUUGGCAGAUAGUUUGUGUGGAAAAUACAGAAGGAAUCCGUUGGUAAAUUGGGAUUUACUAGGAUCGAAGUGAAAAGGUUUGAUUUACCUUAUUAUUCGUUUAAGGUUUGUUGUGUUGACGAUCGCACCAGUUCUAUUGAAGGUAAUGCGAUACAGUUCGCGAAACCAUCUAGUGUUACAUCUGUUACGAACGGUCCAGAGUUGAGCACAACUCGCAGAUCGUGGAGUGAUAGAAUCUCAACAACAUCGACAACGAAAACGACAAGAUCAACAACAACUUCAAGGACGACUAAGCCGAUGAUUACAGCUACCACGACAUUCAGAAGUACAACUGCGGAGGCGAUCGAGUCGUCAGAUGAGAUGGCAUUUCAACGUACCACCUUGACAGAAUUUCCGUGGUCCGCACUGAUACAGUAUCGGAAGUUACCUGGGAUCUACGGAUUUCACUGCGGUGGAACAUUAAUUAAUGAACGGCAUGUGGUGACGGCAGCCCACUGCAUUAAGGCUAUUCCUAAAAAUUGGCAAAUAUCCCUAGUUCGGUUGGGAGAGUUCAACAUCAAAAACUCAGGCGCUGACUGUGACGUGGAUCAGUGCAGCAAUCCACCGUUGGAUGUCGAUAUAGAUCAAAUCAUUGUGCAUGAAAAUUACGUGACACGUCUGUUGAGCCAGUAUCAUGACAUAGCGUUGAUCAGAUUGCUCCAGGUUGUACGUUCAACAGACUACGUUCGACCAAUCGAGCUGCCGUUUCCAGGAAUUGAAGGUAUGCUACUCAACUCUCUGACAACUGCUGUUUCCGCAGGUUGGGGUCGUACGAAAACAGGAUCAGCCAGUUCUCUGAAGAUGAAAGUGCUACUCAACUUGCAACGACUUGAUGACUGUACCGAGUCAUACAAAACCGCUGGAAUCAAAGUAAGAGAUGGCCAGCUAUGUGCAAGCGAAUGGCGUGGAACUGGAGUGUGUAGCUGCGACUCCGGAGGGCCUCUGAUGGUGCAACUGAGUGGACAGUAUUAUUUGAUUGGCAUCGUGAGUUUUGGGCCAACCAAAUGUGGUUUGAAGAAUGCUCCCGGGGUGUAUACCAGUGUUCUAAGAUAUAUCGAUUGGAUUUCGAAAAAUAUUUAUUAGAUGGGUGCGGGUGGUUUUCUCAAAUAGUAUUAAAUAGAUACUUUAUUCUUAAUACGUAAAACUAUAGAACAAUAGGUUAGUAAGUUAAGCAAUAGUGCGUAUAUCUUCCUUCAAUCACGUUGGGUAAUUGAGAUUCUAGCAAGUCAGAUGUAGAAUAAUUUACAAUCGGAUUUGGUAUUGUAGAACAGAACAUGCUGAUUGUUUAUCUGUCGUCUGGCCAUUUUGCGGCCAUCAAGCACCGAAUUCUAUGAUAAGGAGAUUGUAUAUCUAGGUAUUAAUCAAUUAUCCGAAAUGCCUUCGAGACCCAUGCUCUCCAAUCUAUAACGAUUACCAAAAUAAAUAUCGAAUCUGUUUGUCUUAACUCAACGACAGACCAU